UUUACGGUAUGUGUGUCAUCACUUCCGUAAAACGAGAAAGUGUUUAUCUCUUUGUACUCAUUAAAAACCAACAUCAGGCUAACCAAAUGCCUGCAGGCUGGGAAGAGCCAGCGGCUCCCGCAUCGGCCUGCUUCGCUUAGACGCAGCCGUUAACUCACCUCUCUGACGUGGGACCCACCGAGCCGCUUCUCUGGCUUUAAAGUUCAGCCCUCCUUCACUCCUUGGUCGGUUCACGAUAAUGUUGAGCAGCGUUGCUCUGCGCUCCCAGAUCGCCUCCGUGAUUGAUGCCUUGUCCAAAGCAGCCGUGGCAGAAAUCGCCAAAGUUGUGGAGGAUGGCAUGGUGGUGCUGCGGCUGGAAAUGUGCCAGCGUGAAAACGAGAUCAAGAAGCUGAAGAGCAACAUCGAGCUCCUGCACGGCGAGCUGAGAGUAACCCAGCAGGCGGUGACCCUGAGACCCGACCACCACGGGAGAGAUGAAAGCCAGGGUGGUGCUGGUGAUGUGAAGAACUCUCUUGAAAAUGUGCAUGCUGAUGAUGGACCCGCCACUCUGUCUGUACCUGAAGUGAAGGUCAAAUGUGAACCUGUGGAGGAGGAAAAUCAACAGGCCAGCAGACAGUCCGACAAACCAGGAGAAGAGCUGCCUCUGUAUGAAAGUGGACAGUGGAGAUCGACGACACAAAAUGAGACUGGACAUAACAGCUCUCAUUAUUUACGUUUAGGACAGAACUCCCUGUCGUGUCUUCCCGAAUCGUCUUUGGACAGUGGGCUGGUCGUGUCCUGCAGCAGCUCUGGUGGAUUUCAGCAGAACCACUUUGGUCGUGGGUUACUGGGUUAUAGUCUGUACCGCAAUGCGUACAACACGGCACGGAGGAGGACGGUAAAGAGGCUGAUGUUUAAGAAAGGCUUUAUCUGUCCGUACUGCGGCAAAUGUUUCGAGCGCGCGGGGCAUCUCGAGCGGCAUAAAAGGAUUCACACUGGUGAGAAGCCAUACCGCUGCGAGAUAUGUGGGAGGCGGUUCAAUCAGAAAUGCAGCCUCAAGGAGCACACAAAGAUUCACAGAAGAUGUAUUCAGUCAGGACCUGUUGAGAUCCAAGUGGCUGAGCAGAAACUGAUUCCUGAGGUGAAUCCACCUAUUGAUGCGCAUCGCCCUGAAGAAGCGAUCGUUGAAGAUGCUCUACCUAAGAGUGAGGACAUUCUGCCAACACCUGUACAGGUUAAAUCUGAGCCUGCAGAGAAGAAUAUCACACCGCCACCGCUCUUUCACGGGGGAAACGAGCAGACAAGAGAAGGAGUUGAAACCCUCGGCGACACCUUGGCAGCGUUUGAAAGAGACAGCCAGCAGUGGAUGCCCAGACUACAAAACAACCCUGAGAUGGGCAGUACAGAAUUUCUUAGCAGCUCGGAGCAAAACAUGCCAUCGUUCCCCGGGAUGGCUCAGUUACUCUCUCCACCAGCUGAAGCUUCUUGUAGCACCUUCUCUUUCCCAGGAAAACCGUAUGGCGAACUCAAAAACAGCAUGAUCUCCCAAACGCCCUUUGGAUCCUCAGACCCUCUUAUGAUCUCACAAGAAGGAGGCUUACACGGUAUGACAGAGACCUUGAUGAAUCAUGUGCAUCAGAGGAGAAGCAGAUCUUUUCAGGUAAUCAAACCAAAGAAGUGCUUCAUCUGCUCGUACUGCGGCAAGAUCUUCGAGCGAGCCGGACACCUUGAAAGGCAUUUGCGAAUUCAUACCGGCGAGAAGCCGUACGGCUGCCACAUCUGUGGGAGGUGCUUCAAUCAGAAGAGUAGCCUCAAAGGCCACAUGAAGACACACAGAAAUGGAGAAAACCCAGAUGUGCUGGAGCCCCAGCACAUGAUGUUUACACUUCCUGAUAACCAACUGUUGCAGAACUUGGCAGAAUCUAAGAAUGGACUACCACCUUUUGAGGAACCCUUACCAGGCCCCACAUACGGUGAGACGGCCAGGGAGGAAACUGUUAUGGUAAAGCUGGAGCCUAAUGGAGAGAAUUUUCAGGCUGUAGGUCAGGUAGGGACUGAUAAUGGCACGGCAGCACCAGAUCAAAGUCAGCUGUGGACGUCUGGGCUUGAGAAGAGCAGCGAUGCCCCUGAACAAACUGUCUGUGUACUUCUACAAGAUGUCAAGUAUCACCUCAGUCCUGCUGCCGGAGCCGUGAGUGAGCAGCAGGGAUAUACGUCGCCGAUCAAGGAUCUGCCUUUUCUAGACAAAGAAAAUGAAGAAAUGAUGCUCAGUGACCAGUAUUCUGUCUUAGGCAUGCAACCCAGCAGCUCUAAUAUAACUCUCACACCUGAGCCACACAAUCAGCAUAUCAUACACAAGGUGGCUGUGAGUGAUUACAACACAGCGAAUGACCGGACUCCUGAAGUGAGUGUUUUUGGAUUUAACAUGAACUCGUCAACUGACCGUGAGGGAAACUGCGGCGAGGAGUCUGCCACGCAAAACUGCUUCAUAUGCUCGAACUGUGGCCAAAGCUUUGAUAGCUUCGAUAUAUUUCAGAGACACCAGUGUGAGAAAAUCACAGAGCAGCCUUUCAGCUGUGAGAUCUGUGGAAAGAGUUUUAACCAGAUGAGCAUCCUGAAACUGCAUCUUAAACUGCAUGUGGACUGAAAUAUACAAAAAUAUGUAAGCAUAGCACACAAGUACAGUUAUUUAUAUAAACACUUGUAGUAAAACUCUCAAAGGCUGAAUCUGAAGAACAAAAU